UGUGCAAUGUUUUUGUUUACUAGUCGGUCUGUGCAUCUAAUUUUCAAAAUUCGAAGCUGUGAUUAAUCUCCAACAGACGGUGAUAUGCCCAAAGAAAAACGACGAUCUUCUCGUUCCCCUAGUCGUAGAAAGAGAUCCCGAUCGAGAAGCCCAAGAAAGCAUAACAGCAAAAAGCAUGAAAGUAAUAAGUUUGAGGAAAGACGAUCACAAGAACGAAAACGUGCUAUGAAAGUCGACCAGGAAUUUUCUUUUGAAGAUUACAAGAAAGAUUUAGACACACUUUUUUUUACGGAUCGUGAUGUUAUUAAAAAAUCAACACCUCAGUAUGAGGAAUUCUGGAAGUUUUUCAACAAAUACCAGCUAAUGAGAAAAAAACAAGGAAUUCAAUCGUGGAUCCUCCCUAAGACACAACCAUGCAACAAACUAGGCAUCCCUACUAUCUACCAUAGAUCAUUCAUGAUCAAUUUUGGUUUAAACCUUCCCCCACCAGAUAAAUUACUCAGCCGCAUACCUUCUGUUGAUUACUCAGAGAGGAAAUCAGCCCGACCAAGAUUGACCGUGGAACAACUGAUGGAGUUCCAUCAGAUAAUUUUGCUCUAUCUGGAAUUUUUACAAAGAGAAAAAAUGGUUAAACUGAAAAAAUUGAGAGAAAGUCAACAAAAAUUGCCCAUUGCACAAUUUAAAGAUGAAAUCAUUAAGGCUGUGUUUGAGAAACAAGUCAUAAUAAUAGCAGGUGACACUGGCUGUGGUAAAUCAACACAAGUUCCUCAAUAUUUGCUUCAGGCUGGAUUUUCACGGAUCGUUUGCACUCAACCAAGACGGAUUGCUUGCAUUUCGCUAUCGAAAAGAGUUGCAUACGAAACACUAAACGAAUUCGGAACUCAAGUUGGCUAUCAGAUUCGUUUUGAGAAAAGCAAGACUCAAGCUACGCGAAUUGUCUUUGUCACAGAAGGUCUUGUUCUCAGACAAAUCUCCACUGAUCCCACGCUAUCUGACUAUGACAUUAUCGUGCUGGAUGAAGUUCACGAAAGGCAUCUUGCUGGCGAUUUUCUUCUCGGUGUCAUGAAAUGCUUAGUACAGUCUCGUAAAGAUCUUAAACUGAUACUUAUGUCGGCCACAAUCAACAUCGGCCUAUUCCAGCAGUAUUUCCAAGGCCAGGCUCCUGUCAUUCAAGUUCCUGGUCGCCUGUUUCCUAUCCAAGUCCAAUACUUGCCUAUUGCUGCGGAGGAGAGAGUUACGAAAACGGGAAAAAUGAAUCCUUCUCCCUAUUUGCGAAUUUUACAGUUGAUUGACGGUAAAUAUAAAAUCGAAGAACGUGGAGAUCUGCUCAUAUUCCUCAGCGGAAUGAAUGAGAUUACUACCGUGGAGGAAGUAGUAAGGGAAUACGCCCAACAGAACCAGCGGUGGAUCAUUUUACCGCUUCAUAGUACUCUGUCGGUCGCAGAACAAGAUAAAGUAUUUGACUACCCACCAGAAGGCGUCCGCAAAUGCAUAAUUGCCACAAAUAUCGCGGAAACGUCCAUCACUCUAGAUGGUGUCCGGUUUGUGGUGGACUCGGGCAAGGUAAAAGAAAUGAGUCACGAUCCAAUCUCAAAGCUUCAGCGGUUGCAGGAAUUUUGGAUCAGCCGAGCGAGCGCAGAGCAGCGUAAAGGUCGAGCCGGUCGAACGGGACCAGGUGUUUGUUUCCGCCUUUACUCUGAAAAGGAAUAUGGAGAUUUUACCGCAUACUCUACACCAGAGAUCCAGCGGGUCCCUUUAGAUUCAAUGAUCCUUCAAAUGAUUUCAAUGGGUCUGCCAGAUGCUCGUCUUUUCCCUUUUAUUGAACCGCCAUCGGGUGACGCCGUGGAAAAUUCGAUAACAACACUUAAAGAAAAAGGAGCCCUGACAAUCGACGAACAACUGACAAUUAUCGGGAAAUGCCUUGCGGGAUUACCAGUUGACAUUACCCUUGGUAAAAUGUUGUUAAUGGGGUCCAUUUUCGGGCAAGUGGAGGCCGUCCUGGCUCUUGCUGCUGCCUUGAGUGUACAAACACCCUUUACGAACCGAGCUUAUCGCGAUUCAGACUGUGAAUCGGCUCGCAAAGAUUUGGAUUCCGAUCACGGAGAUCCGCUGACUCUUCUAAACGCGUACAAAGCGUGGCUUGAAAUCAAGGCAAGUAAUCAAGGCCACACUUCACGAAAAUGGUGCAAGAAACGUGGAUUGGAAGAGCAGAGAUUUUAUGAAAUGACAAAACUACGACAACAAUUUCGACACAUCCUUUCAGACGCGGGAUUACUUCCUGGCCAAGACUCGAAACAGAACACAAGCUCCUCGCAACGAGCUGUCAGACAUGGCCAAUUGCAACACUUGAGGUCGCUCAAACGCGACUUUAUUCGUUCUGGCCAGCGAAAACGUAAAGUUUUAAAGCUUGGUGAAGAUAUUGAAGACAUGGAUGAUGACGAUGAUGAAGAAAAUGGCGAACAAAUGGAGAUGCCUACAGGCGCUAAUAUUGAUAUCAAAGAUGUUGAAUUUCGAUUGCAGCAUGACCAGUCAACAGUUAGGUCACUUUUGCGUGGUGUCACAUCGGCUGCGACAUCCCAUCAAGACCUUAUGCUAUUAAAAUUAAUUCUAGCCAGUGGUCUUAGUCCCCAAGUGGCGAUAGCUGAUGAGUUUAAUAACUACAAAUCAACAUCGGAUCAAUUAUUUCACACUCGAGCAAAACCAUUUACAGCUCUGCAUCCUAUGGGUGUCUUUGCUAACCACCCCGAAGCUCUUCAGCUGCUGGAACACGACACUAUUCAAGUACCAGGGUUUGCCACGAAAUUGCCUGUUUCCAGCAAGCACCAAGUGCUGAUGUAUGUGACGCUCUUGGAAACCAACAAAUUGUAUCUUAUGAAUGCCUUUCGAAUGCCAGCUGCCCAGACUCUGCUACUUUUCUCUCAAUCGAUCGACACUAAUGGUGACUUUGCCCGCAUUGUUUGUGACUCUUGGUUAGAACUUCAGUUUGUCGAUGCCGCGGCUGCUCAGAGUCUCCUUCUGCGAGCGUGCCAGUUACGUUACCGCUGGAACGACCUCCUUAUGUUGCGGCUGGACCCUAAUCGGCCACUUCGGGAGAAAGAUGUUCAGAAAUUGGAACAGAAAAUGAAACGAAUGCAACAGGACUUACACUAUGACCUGAUUGCCUUCACGCAGACCCAAACUUUAUAUACAAUUAAACGGCUGCUGGCAGCUGAUUUGAAGAUUAUUUACCGAGGCUGUGCUUUGGAAGAUGCUGGUAUUCCAGAUGAAAAAACUUCAAGUGAAAUAAACCCAUUCUGGCCUGAAUUUGUAGCAGUUACCCAUCCCCGAAAAGGUGGAACACAAAUGGCCGACUUUCUUGUCUACGGAUGUUUGGAAGAACCAGAUUUCACUCAGGAUUAUCUCAGUACUCCUUGGGCUUGUCCUAUCUGCGAGCUCAAUUUCUACCUGACUGGUCUAGGCCGGCUAAGGCAUCAGGUUCAAUGUCAGAAAACAAAAGAGCUGAUGGAAGAAGGUCAGGGCGAACUGCCGGAAACCUCACAGACGGGUUAUUUCUGUCCCGAUUGUCGCAGUACUUUGGAACUAACCGGGAUCGAUUUACUACGUCACCAAAAGAAGCACCAGCAAGAAAAAUGUAAAGUUGAAGAAGAUUAGUUCGAUUCUGUAAAGAAACCUAGCCAAUGCCCUUCAAAAGUUAAGCCUAUGGCAAUGUUUUUCACUUCCGCCACGUAUUUUUGCGAAAUUUUUCAUCCAAGGUUGAGAAUUAAUUCUGAUUUCAAGUCUUGUAUAAUACAUAGCCAAUGCCUGCUGAA